GCGUUCGGCGUUCCGUCAGGAGGAAGUGAAAGGAGUCGAGCAGCUGAGGCAGCAGAUCGUUAGCUCGCUGCCACGUUUAAACCCAACCCGUCGAUACCCGUCUUAUUGUGUCGCAUGAAACAGUAGUGUUGAUACGCGAUCAGCAGCCGGACACGGAGGUUCCCGCCUGCAAGCAGGUCAAAGGUCGCCGUCCCCCCAAAUAAGAGCCUCGACCGGAGACCCGCGGCCAGACCAAUCGGGGCCCCUACCAGACCCCGCUGCUCCCGCUGAGAAGAUGACCUCCAGGAAGAAGGUGCUGCUGAAGGUCAUCAUCCUAGGAGACUCUGGGGUGGGGAAGACCUCCUUGAUGAACCAGUACGUGAACAAGAAGUUCAGUAACCAGUACAAGGCCACAAUAGGAGCAGACUUUCUGACCAAGGAGGUGAUGGUGGACGACCGGCUGGUCACCAUGCAGAUCUGGGACACGGCGGGCCAAGAAAGGUUCCAGUCUCUGGGCGUGGCGUUCUACCGCGGGGCCGACUGCUGCGUGCUGGUGUUUGACGUCACCGCCCCCAACACCUUCAAGACCCUGGACAGCUGGAGGGACGAGUUCCUGAUCCAGGCUAGCCCGCGCGACCCCGAGAACUUCCCCUUCGUGGUGCUGGGCAAUAAGAUCGACCUGGAGAACCGACAAGUGACCACCAAGAGGGCCCAGGCCUGGUGUCAGAGCAAGAACAACAUCCCGUAUUUUGAGACCAGCGCCAAAGAAGCCAUCAACGUGGAGCAGGCGUUCCAGACGAUCGCACGCAACGCCCUGAAGCAGGAGACGGAGGUGGAGUUGUACAACGAGUUCCCGGAGCCCAUCAAACUGGACCGCAACGACCGGGCCAAGCCGUCGGCGGAGAGCUGCAGCUGCUGAGGACCGUGGACCUUCUCCUCUCGCCACCAACCCGACACCAAUUACUUUACGUGCGUUCCUCCUCCUCCUCCUCCUCCUCCUCCUCCGCAGGGAAGGGGUUCCCUCCUGCGGUCUUCCUCCGGCAGUGUCAUGGAGAACCCCCUCUCACACAGUACGCCGCAUGUGGACUUAUUCCAACACAUUAGCACACUAGAAUCUCCCUUUAUCAACAUGCUGACCCUCCCAGGGACCAGGCCUCCUGUGACCCCCCCCCCUGCUGGAGCCCUCAGAGCUGAUAAGACCCCCGUAUGCCAGCCUGUGAUGUGAGUUAACCAGAGUCAUAUUCCCUUAUGGUCCCCAUCGCCCCUCAGUCCCAUUUCACAAAGGUUUGCUUUCUAUGGUCUGUUCGAAGAAAUUAAAUCAACAUCUAACAAACUAUAAUAGAUAAAUUAUAUAUAUAUAUAUGUACAAUAUUUGGCUGGUAUAGUUUAUUGCUGAUGCCAGUCUGAAACGUAUUCGUCUGCACUUUUUAUGUUUUGCCUUUAAAUGUUUCUAUUGUUUAGGGAUGCCUGGUUUUCCACCAUUGCAUCUUGGGAAACGUUGAGUCACGCAGCUUCGCUUUCGGUUUUGUGUCAAAGUAACACCUCCUUCCAGCGCCCCUUAAUGCCCGCGUUCAUGGGCCAAUGUCGCAAAUAGAAAAUCAGUCGCUACCAAUAAGACGUGCUGAUUUAAAACGUGUAGAACAUGAUAUUCAGACAUUAAUACUCUUUGCCUUUUAUGUAAAUGAUGUGUAACGCUACCGUUUCUACUGUGUGUGUAUUCUGUCCGUCAUCACCGUCCUACACGGCUGGGACUGUCUCACCAUCACACUCUUUCUUUUCUUACUUAUACUAUUGCUUGUAGCUCAGGUCGGCCGAGAAGUCAAGACUCCUUUUUAACUGUGUAUACAGUAAACCUACAGGUGACAUAGGGAUGGGUUCAAAAGAUGGACUCUCUCUCUCUCCAUCUCAACAACUUAUUUUUUUGCCCUCAUAAUACUAUUUUCCCUGAAAGAUCUCUGCAAUACCAAUGAUGUUGUUGACAAAUCCGGAAAUAAUAAAAAUCUUGAAUAUAUAAA